AAUCGAGAGAUCCGACCCCGUUUUUCUCCUUUCGCACCGUCUUGAAUUAUGCGAGACUGGUUUUCAACCUCCUGAAGUCCGUUGGCAACUCGUGAAGUAUAAGGUCCAACAGUGAAUAGCUUCUGCUCCGGGAAGGCAGCCUCCCGAGAGUACGUUCAGAGAGAUGUCGCCUUCUAGUUCAUGAUAUUCGCAGACCCAAUCUGACUCUGAAGUGCAUUCGUGCGGAUUCACAAGCUCCCAGGAAUUCCGGAACCCAUUGCGAGCUGCACGAUGUCUCUGUACGACGAUGAAGUCGAAAGCCAAGGCGCGUCCGGCUGGUCUUCGGGAAUCAAGCUUCUCCAGAGCCAUGUCCAACUCAAGAAAGCCACAAAUCAUGUGCAGCGGAAGACGACGACCGCGAUUGCGCCGGUUAUUGAUUUGAACCGAAGUAAAGACCGUGUGAAUGCUGACGACAUGCCGGCCAUACCCUUGUACGUCCCAAAGGGGGGUGCCUCGCUCCUCGGCGGCGAGUGGUUCCUCAAAGACGAGUAUGAUCCACUGUAUCCUAACGAAUACGAUCGAUUGGUCAAGCAAUUUCGUAGAGAACAGCAGAACGAAAAGAAGUCGGAUAGGAAAGCCAAGAGGUCAGUCCACGACUCCCCGGGCUCGAAUGGCUCAAAACGACACUCUGCUAUGAUUGCACCCCCUCCGUCGCUCGCGGGAGAUAUUGUCUCGAAAACGGAGGAUGAUGACUACGCCGGUGACGAUUCGCCCCCGAGACCCGAUUUCUUAAUGCCGAGCAUCUCAACAUCGGCCGUUGCAUCGAAUAUGGGGUGUUCGUCGGUUGCGGCGAAGAUCAUGGCGAAGAUGGGUUUCAAAGCCGGGCAGGGUCUCGGGAAGAGUGAACAAGGCAUCAGUUCCGCUCUCACGGUGGAAAAAACCAGCCACCGGGGCGGGAAAAUCGUCGAGGCCAACACGUCGACCUUCCUGCAGCCGUCGGAAUUCUUCGACGCGGAAAAUGCAGCGUCUGCUCCAGUCGCCAACGAUGGCUUCAUUCCACCCGCGGAUCCAAGUGGUCCAGCCGCCGCUGCUGUCCCAAACAGACAGGGUGAGGAGCAAAGCAUCACCGAAAUACUGCGAGCUCCAACGAAGGUGGUCCUGCUAAGGAACAUGGUCGGUCCCGGCGAAGUCGAUGAGGAUUUGGAGCCGGAGACGAAGGAAGAAUGCGGAAGAUACGGAGAAGUCGUUAAAUGCGUCAUUUACGAGUUGCCCGGGCCAGAAAUCAACCCCGAGGAAGCCGUCCGCAUAUUUGUAGAAUUCAAGAACAUAGCGCACGCCAUCAAAGCGGUUGUGGAUCUCAACGGGAGAUUUUUCGGUGGCCGCGUAGUUCGGGCUGGUUUCUACGAUCAAGAGAAAUUCAAUAGACUCGAAUUGCUAUAACUGUUUCCAUAUGUAUAUGAGAGAACCUCUCCCUGUACAAUACUUCUGAAAUACAAGACAUCUGUGUUGAAGU